CUGAAAACAUGAAGGCCUUUAUUGCGAUCGCCGUCCUGGCUCUGGCUGCCAUUUCCAACGGAUCCUAUGUUCCAGCUGUUCAGUCGGUGCUCCCGUACGCCUACAACUCUGGACUGUAUGGCCUGAAUGGGUAUGACGGACUUGGCCACUACUCUUCUCUCGGUGGCCUGGGAUACUCGUCGCUCUUGGACCAUGGACUGUCUUAUCCGUACUCGACGGCGCUGCCAUAUGCUUCGGCUCUGCCAUACUCUGCCUACAACAAUGGUCUGUACGGUUACUACGGAUCGAAGUAUGCGCCGACCGUCGUUCAGGCCAACGUCAACACUCUGAAGACGGUGAACUCGCUGGGACUCUAUGGCGGAUAUGGUUUGGGACACGGAUACGGUUAUGCAUACAUCAACUAUCUCCCAGUCGCUCAUGCUGCGAAAUACGUUGCAGUCAACCCGGGAGCCGUUCAUGUGGCCCCACUCCCAGGACAUCUUGUCAACCAGAAGUCGAUUGUAGCCUAA